UCUCGGAAGUCAGAUUUAAAUUUGUUUACUUUUAAGACCGAAUAUAUAUUUUAGCUAUCUUAUAUCCUAAUUUGUUAAAGUGAGUGCUUAACUUGUUUAAAUAUACUGCUAUAUUAAAAUGUCAUCUCUGCAACCUAUUCACGCAUUAAGUUUGGAUUCAGUACAGCAACAAGCAUUUGUUAAAUACUUUCAUUCUUUACCUGAUAAACCGCCAACCACCGUUAGAAUUUAUGAUCGCAAUGACUACUACAGUGUUCAUGGAAUUGACGCGACCACGGCUGCGAGGGAGGUUUUUUCAUCCAUUUCAAAUAUCAAGAAAAUGGGUAUAGAACCUAGCCGGCUUGACUACCUAGUGCUUUCCAAAGGGAACUUCGAAAUCCUUAUAAGAAAAUUACUAUUGGUACGAAGAUACAGAGUUGAGAUAUACGUCACAGAAGGUUCUGUGAAAUCUUGCGAAUGGGCACUGAAGUACAAAGGGUCUCCGGGAAACUUAUCGCAGCUAGAAGAAAUACUUGGAGAGGGAUUGGGCUCUUCCACAGAGCAGGCGCCAUGCUUGAUGGCAGUAAAUAUUAAAAGUGACCCCGUCACAAAGGGUAGACUGCUAGGCGUAGCAUGUAUAUCUCAGGGUGACUAUCUCAUGUCCAUAUCAGAGUUCACAGAUGAUGAUCUCCUUACGGAAUUGGAGACAAUCGCUGUACAAAUGGCGCCUUCCGAAUGCAUCGUUGCGUCCGCUGAAAACGACGAUUACAAAGCUAUAAAAAAAGUCAUGGACAGGGCGAACAUAACGUUAACGAAAUUAAAAAAGACAGAGUUUUCUACGGAGGGUCUCAUCCAGGAUUUAAACCGACUACUGAAGUUCAAGGAAAGUCAGCAACAAGACGCAAACGCGUUUCCAGAGACAAGCAAACAGGUCGCUAUGACGAGUUUGGCUGCAGCUAUAAGAUAUACGUCGCUGUUAAACGAAAACACUAAUUUUGGGAGAUUCCGCUUGACCACCAUACAGCCAGACUGUUUCCUGCAUUUGGACGCGGCUGCUCUCACUGCCUUGAAUGUAUUACCGGAGUUGGGAGACACGAGUCACGCGCCUUCCAGAAGUUUGCUUGGACUCCUUGAUAGAUGUAGGACACAGCACGGUAAACGGCUGUUAGCUCAAUGGCUCCGUCAACCGCUCCGGGACAUAAACCUAAUAAAUGAGAGACUGGAGAUCGUGGAGUUGCUAGUGAACAGCUCUCAACUCCGUUUGCAACUCCACGACGACCAUUUACGGAGGAUACCCGACUUGCAAGCGUUGGCUCGACGGCUCACAAGGAAGAAGGCGAAUUUACAUGACUGUUAUCGUAUUUACCAGGCCAUCAACAGACUGCCAUCAUUAUUACAAUGUCUGGCGGAAGCCGACAACGCGACUGUACACUCUUCGUUGGCUGAACCGAUAUCAGAGCUGAACGACGACCUCGAUAAGUUCCAGCAGAUGAUUGAGACCACGGUGGACAUGGAUGCCGUUGAUAGAGGUGAUUUCUUGGUGAAACCAUCCUUCGAUGAACAGCUGCAAAGCCUAGCUGGUGAAUUAGAGAAACUGCAAUCCUCCGCUGAAAAGGAACUCAGUAAGGCCGCCAGAGACUUGGGCCUCGACGGUGGAAAGACUAUCAAAUUGGAAAUUAAUCCCCAAAAUGGGUUCUAUUUUAGGGUAACUAUGAAAGAAGAGCAAUCACUCCGCGGUAACAAAAAGUACACUAUAAUAGAUGCGGUCAAAGGUGGCGUGAGAUUCAAAACAAGCGCGCUAGAAAGUAUCACGGAUGAUUAUCUGCAGACAAAAAGUUCGUAUGAAAAGGAACAGGACAAAGUUGUCACAGAGAUUAUUGGCAUUGCUUCCGGUUACUCGGAGUGUCUCUUCUGCCUAUCCCAUAUCCUAUCUCGACUUGAUGUUCUGGUAUCGUUUGCUGUGGCUGCUACUACCGCACCAUAUCCUUACUGCAGGCCGCAAAUAACUGAGAGUCUCGAUGAGUUAACACUGAAGGAAGUCAGGCAUCCGUGCUUAGAGGUACAGGAGGGUGUUUCUUAUAUACCCAAUGACGUUACUUUUAAACGAGAUUCCUGUCUCAUGCACAUAGUAACAGGCGCCAAUAUGGGCGGCAAGUCCACUUGGAUGAGAUCAUGCGGAGUUGCGGUGUUACUCGCUCAUGCAGGGUGCUUCGUACCAGCGUCCUCCGCUAAGAUACCUCUACUUAGGGCACUUUGCGCCAGGGUUGGUGCAGCUGAUAGGGAGGAUAAGGGACAGAGUACCUUUAUGUUGGAAAUGAUCGAGUCAGCUGCUAUAUUACGGACUGCUAGUCCCGAUUCCUUGGUGCUGGUGGAUGAGCUCGGCAGAGGUACAUCCACGUAUGAGGGCUGUGGCAUUGCGUGGGCUAUCGCUGAAAAACUGGCGACGGAAAGCAAGUGUUUCUGUCUAUUCGCCACCCACUACCACGAACUGACGCGCUUGCCGAGUCUACACCCUAACGUCAUAGUCAACUCCCACGCAGAGGCCUCCGUGGUGGACCAACAGUUGUUAUUAUUGCAUAAAAUAGCGCCCGGACCCGCCACGCACUCGCUUGGAUUGCAUGUAGCGAAGCUUGCAGAUUUACCGGACUCUAUUAUAAAGUACGCAGAAGCAAAACAAGCUCAAUUAGAGACGAACCUGUUUGAAGUCGAGUCCUCCGUUAAGACUGAAGAAACCUCCGAAGGCCAGAAACUUAUCGUAGACUUCUUACGCAAAUGUAAAAAUAUACAAGAGUCCGUUGCUUCCGACGAUGAAAUGAUGGCAGAAAUAAACAAACUCAAACAAGAAGUAUUGCGACAGGACAGCAAAUAUGUAAAAUCUUUGCUAACGAUAUAAAAAAUCUGGGAGCUAUAUUUACAAUCUACUUGUUAAAGAUCCCAUAAGCCAAAAAAAUCGUAAUGCUCUCGACCAUUGCUAUAUGAAGUUUCAUUGAUUUCGAAUGGAUGAAGAAUAAAUAUUUUUGCCCGUUAAUAAAUAUUUUGCUUUAUUUCAAACUAGCUUAUGCCAUCACCUUAUUUAUAUAAGUUGUGGAUAGAUAUUGUGAAUCAAUUUCGGUUUUCAUUUUUUAAGUUAUGUUUGU